GCCCCCCCCUCUUCCGAGUAAAGCACACAAACCGCCAAAAUGUCCAUCGAGGAUAUCGCCAAGCAGUUCGUCAAUGGCUUCUUCAUGGGAAUGAGCACCAACAUCCAGGGCCUCGCCGCUGUCUACAAUGCCAACUCUGUCAUGACUUUCGAGUCUCAGAAGUUUGAGGGUGUCCAGGCUAUCCUGGAGAAGCUGACGAGCCUCCCCUUCAAGAUGAGCGGCCACCAGCUCUCCACCCUCGACGCCCAGCUCGCCUCUGGCGAUCUCCUGAUCCUGGUCACAGGAAAGCUCAAGGUUGACGAGGACGAGAACCUGAUAAACUUUGUCCAGAACUUCAAGGUCAGCGUCGCCCAGGGCCCUGGCGGCGAAAUCACUGGCUUCACCGUCAACAACGACAUCUUCAAGCUGGUUUACUAAGCUCUGAGAACCCACCCCUUUGACGAAGAGAAGAGAAAAAAAAAACGUUGCUUGUGGAGGUGGCGAGCGUAAUGGCCGGU